AUGGGCCUGAAUCCCGACAGACUGCGGGAAAGGCUUAACUUCAGGGCGAAAGGAGGAGACCUGGUGCAAGUAACAUUUCCGAAGAGCGGAACGCACUGGCUGAUGUACAUCACGCACUUGAUCUUGAAACAGGGACAGACAAUCAACACUUAUCAAGAGUUCGCAAAAAAUAUGCGCUUCCUCGAGUACAUGGAUAUCGAGGGCUUCAGCUCGUCCCUGCCUUUGAGAACAUUCGUUACGCAUUUACCAUUGGACAAGCAUAUGAUGACAGAAGAAGCCAAGUACGUCUACAUCGCCCGAAAUCCAUGGGACGUCUGCGUCUCUUUGUACAACAUGGCGAUCAACACGACCAUAUUCCAGUUCAGAAACGGGGCGUUCGACGAUUACCUCGACACGUUCGUAAGUGGCAAUUUCGGAUACGGCGACUUUUUCGAACACGUAGCAGCAGGCUACGCACUCAGGGAAGAACCGAACGUGCUCUUCGUUACAUACGAGGAGCUCAAGAAGAACACCCGAGAAGUGACACUGAGGCUGGCAUAUUUCUUGGGGGAGAAGUAUAGGCUUGCUCUAGAGAAGGACGAAGCCUCCCUCCAGAAGAUCCUGGAGCGAUCACACAUCGAUAGCAUGCGCAACGUGAUGGUCCUCGACUUGACAGGUAAGGGUAACCCAGAGUGGAAGGACGUGAUCUCACGGAGGAAAGUCCUCAGCCCCGAAGAUCAGGUUGCACAAGUGACGAACUACGAGUACGUGAGAACUGGAAAAGUCGGAAGCUGGAGGGAUUACUUCACUCCUGAACAACUUAGGAAGAUGGAGAAUCGUAUCCAGGAAGUGGAGAAGGAGUCCUCCUUCAUGGACCUCUGGAAGGACAUCCGCGCUGAAGCGGUUGCACGCAUGCAGGAUUCUGAAUAA